CGGUUAGUUCGAUAUAUCUCCACAUGUUUUGGUUUUUGUUGAUGAAAAACUCGUUGAUCAUUAGUUAUUGGAAAAUUAUUUUAUCAUAGUUCAAAUAUGUCUUAUGGUCAGAUUCCACCGACAGCCACAGUCAAGACCAGUUUCCGUUCGAAUCAAUAUUGCGCCGAAUUUUGUGUAAUUUGUGGAGCCAUAUUACCUUUACCAACUGGUUUCAGUUCGUACAAUUUGCUUAAAUGUGUAGCUUGUGGACACACAAUUGGUAUUGGACAAUUUGAUGGUACAACAUCAACUACUCGGAUAGUAUUUAAUAAACAAGAUGACAUGUUGGUGCAAAGAAAGGAAAUGAACAAAGGUCCAACCGUUGAACGUAAAUGUAGACGUUGUCCCUCCGAAAAAAUGUACUAUUUCACACUCCAAACAAGAUCUGCUGACGAAGGGCAGACGGUAUUUUAUACAUGUGCUGAAUGUGGUGCUCAAGAAAAUGAGAAUUCAUGAAAUAUAAACUACUAUUGGAGAAACUUAAUAUCCCCAGAAAAUGGACGAUAUCAGCCAUCAAAGGCCGGACGAAUAUGAUUAGAUGAACCAAGAAAUGGCAACACCAUGAGAUUAAAUGAGAAAAAGAGCAAAAUAAACUUUAUUGAUGUUAAAAAUUAUCAAGUUAAGCUUAAAUUACUUACAGGCUUUUUUAUCGGAAGAUGUUACAUUAAAAUAACAACAAAUUAGCAAGACGUAACAGUGGCGGAGGAACAGUUUUCCAGUUUUUAUGAAAUCUUAAUUUAUGUUUUCUUUCAGACAAGAAAAUCUUUAAAUGG